AUGGGAGAAGAAGAAGAAGAAGCAAAGGGCAAUGAAGUAAUAUCGAAGAAGAAGGCUUCGUCAAAUACGAAUAGCUGGGAAGUAAUGGAAGAUCUGCAACGAACAGUGAAGGAAUCAAAGGAUUCAGCCAUACGCUCUGCUCUUUCUUUCCAACAAUCCUCUUCCUCCCAUCUUCGCUCCUUUCAGGAUAACGUGCCAGAAGCCAUUUCCAAGUUGAAAAUUUACGAAAAUGUUUUCUUCACAAAAAUUAAAGAGGAGUUGAUCACUGCCAAAGACCACCCAGUUGCUGCCAUGGGAUUUACUCUCACAGCCGCACUCUUCCUUAUGCCAGGGCCAAGAAGGUUUUUGUUUCGGAAUACAUUGGGUCGAUUUCAAAGUGAGGAGGCACAAUUUCUAAGAGCAGAGAAGAAUGUAAAAGAGUUCAGCUUUUCUGUUGGUUUAAUGAAGAAGGAAAGCAGAAAAUUGCUUGAAAGGGCAGCUUUUGCUGAAAAAGAAAUGAAAAAUGGCCGCACUGAGCUCCUGGAUGCUGGAAGUCAAAUUCAACGUCUUGCUAAAUCAGUUUACAAGGUUGAAACCGAAGCUGCAGGUUUGAUGGAUGUUCUACGAGAAGUCCCUGGCAGGGAUUCUUUGAAACUUCGAGCUGAGGUUGCUUCUAUGACAUCUCAUUUGAAGCGGCAAAGGGACGCACUUGACAAGCGGAUCAUGAAGAUGUCUGAACUAGGAAUUCCUGUUUGA